AAAUAUCAUAUUCAGCCCCCCCUCCCAACCCCACCUCUACCCUGCCGGCACCACCGGUUCCGAGAAAGCUUUUCUGGCCAAAAGCAGAGACCCGCGUUGCUUAAAAGCCACACGAUAACGCAAAAUAAAAGCCGUGUCUUCAAAUCAAUAACAAUAAAAAUCUCAUCUCCCUCUCUCUCUCUCUGCUUUGCUUGCCAGGUUACUCUUCAUCCCCCUCCUUUUAAUCGUAAAAAUACACAAUAAUGGAGUAAAUUCCUGUUUCUUUUUUUUUUUUUUUGUAUUUGAACGGGUUUCUGUUGCUGAAAUCAAUUGGAAUUUGUAAGGGGAUUUUGUCCUUUGAUAUUUCUGCUUCUAGGGUUUGGUUUAAUAGCUUUUUUGCUUGGUGGGGCUGCUUAUAUGUUGGAAUUGGGUUUGUACUUUGAUGGGUUUUGAAUAAAGUUGGGAUCUUUUUUGGUGCGAAGCCUUUUGUUUAGUGCUUUGGUUUGGGGGGGUUGGAAUAACUUAGGCAUCACAUAGUGCUUUGUCGCUAAAGAAGGGUUCUUUCAGUUCUAAAUAGUGAUUGAGUGGUGAAUAACAAAAAUCGUGGGGUAUAGGGAGAAUAUCGUGUUUUUGGGGUUUUGGAAGUCCUGGCUGCGGUGUUUUCUGUGAUUCUUGGAAUUUUUUCCGAAAUCCAGCAAGUAUUUGGAAGGAAGGGAUUCUGUUAAAGAGAAAUUCUGGAGCUAAGUCUGAAGAAACUGUCUUAUAGUUGGAAAAGGGAGCAAAUUGGAGUUGGGCUAUUGUUUUAGUGGUUGAUAGUUAAUAAAGAUGGUGGAGUCAAUUGCUGGGACAUCCCUUUUGGGGCACCGUCCGAUUUAUGGGAGUUACUGUUGCAAGGAUGUGUUGAAUAAGCGGAAGCCGUCUGAUCUUUGCCAGUUUCCGUUUACACAAUUUCUCGGUCGGAGAGUUUAUUCCUCUGCUCCGUUGCCAAGAUGGUGUGUUCAGCUGCCAUUUACGUCGUUCAUAAAAUCCCAAGCAAUGGAAUUAACCAAAGAGUAUUCCUUCCGGGAAAAAGAGCGGAUUCCUAGGGAUUUUCGGUAUGGGAUUCACACUGGUGUGGAUUGCAGACCAGGAUUGUGGCCACCAGAGAAUAAGGCAGAUAAUCCCGCACUUAAUAAUCCCUUGCUGAGGCUGGAAAGAAUGGGUUGUGGUUGGCUAGGUGCUAUAUUUGAGUGGGAAGGAGUGCUGAUUGAAGAUAAUCCUGGUCUUGAGAAGCAAGCCUGGUUGGCUCUUUCUCAGGAAGAAGGAAGAUCAACGCCACCAGCUUUUGUUCUUCGGAGGAUAGAAGGUAUGAAGAAUGAGCAAGCAAUAGCAGAAGUUCUCUGCUGGUCGAGAGAUCCAGGAGAACUGAAGAGAAUGGCAUGCAGAAAGGAGGAAAUUUAUCAAGCUCUACACGGCGGGAUUUACAGAUUUCGCUCUGGUUCCCAAGAGUUGGUGAACGUUCUGAUGCAUUACAAGGUCCCAGUGGCUUUGGUUUCAACCCAACCAAGAAAGUAUCUAGAGACGGCGAUUCAAGCCAUUGGGAUGGAAGGGAUCUUUAAUGUAAUUGUAGCUGCAGAGGAUGUCCACAGAGGAAAGCCUGAUCCCGAAAUGUUUGUGUAUGCAGCUCAGCUCCUGCAAUUCAUACCUGAGAGAUGUAUAGUAUUUGGCAACUCGAACCAAACGGUUGAGGCUGCACACGAUGCACGGAUGAAGUGCAUUGCUGUUGCUAGCAAACACCCGGUGUACGAGCUUGGAGCUGCUGAUCUCGUGGUGAAGCACCUUGAUGAGCUCUCAAUCAUUGACUUGAAGAACCUCGCAGCUGUUGAAUCAGCCGAGUUUGGAUCCAGCGAACCAGAGUUGGAGAUGGAGCCCGAGGAAGAAGAUCACCGGUACCCACCCUCAUCGGUUGGCGUCGAUGAUGAUUUCUGGUAAUAUAUUCCAAAUGUACAGAAACAGAAUCAUACCAUUAAUUCACUGUAUCACAUGUACAAAGAAUAGGAGAGACAGAAGGUGAAAAGCCAAAAAAGGGGGUAUAACAUUUAAAAGAUAGAAACAAACUGCAGAUGUUAGUUUACAUUGGAUUAUCAAUUAAGGUAUCUUAUCUGCAUUAUGUGUAUAAAAGAAUAUGCUGGAGUUUCUUUAUUAAAAAUCACAUUGCAUGCCUUAAAAUCCCAA